GAAUCAUUCAGACUCAAAUUCAAGAUGGCCAAAUUAACCGAAGAUCAAAUCGCUGAUAUCACUGAAACAUUCAGUUUAUUUGAUGAAAAGGGUGAUCACAAAAUAGCUGUACAACAGCUUGGUGAUGUCUUAAGAGCUCUUGGACAGAAUCCUACUGAAGCAGAAAUCAGAAAAUGUGGUUUUGAUAAUAAUCAAGAUGCAAGAAUAUCAUUUGAAAUGUUUCUACCAAUUUUACAAACAAUCUGUAAAAAUCGACAAGUUCCAUCAUUUGAUGAUUUUAUAGAAGGUUUUAAAGUUUUUGAUAAAGAGCAAAAUGGUUUAAUGAGUUCUGCUGAAUUAAGACACAUUCUCACAUCUUUAGGAGACAAGUUAAAUGAUGAUGAAGUAGAUCAAUUAUUUGCUGGUUUAGAAGAUGCCCAGGGCAAUAUUAAUUAUGAAGAAUUAAUCAAGACUGUGAUGCCAGACAGAAUGUAAAAUAAUUCUUUGUCUUCAACUCAACAAACCUUUUUUUUUCUUGUAUCAUUUAUAGCUUUAUAACAGACUUUGCAUUCAGACCACAAUGAAUUAUUUGAGGUUUUGUUUUCAAAACUGAUUGGCUCAUUAUUAUUCUUAUUAUUAAGGUUUGUUCUUGGAAAUUAGGUGGAAUUCAACUGGUUUGUUAUGAGUAUUGAUAGACAUCACUGCCAUGAUUUGAAUUUGAUCAGUUAACAUCUAGAUUAUUUCCCUUGCUUAGAAUUUCCAUGUAAUUUGUGUGGUCUGAAUGCAAUAUUUCUAUUUUAUUAUUUUAUAUUAGAAUAUCUAUAUAUUAUAUACAUGAUGGUGCUUGAUUGGCCUGAAAUUCAGUUGUGUAUUUUUGAGCUUAGAGCAGUGCUAUUGGAAUAUUUAAAAAAAACUGUUCUGUUAUCAAUUCUAUUUGCAAUUCAAUAGUUAUUUUUAUAAUUUUGCAUAGUUAGAUGAAGUAAAAAGCAUGAAAAAGCUCUAAACAAGCAAAAUUUUGUUCAAGUUACUAAUACUAUGGACCAACUAUUGUAAACGGGCAUUCAUUUUCUUGUCAUUAAUGAUAAAAGCAUAGAUUGUGUUCACUGGUUAGAGUCUCAAAUACACUCUUUAUUUCCAAGAUGUGUCCUGGCUGAUGAGUGUUUGUUUCUUAAUAAUGGUAGUGAGAUUGUUACCACUUGAAUUGAAUAAUAAUAAAACCUGGAAAGAUGAGUGGAUUUCAACACUCUGGAAUUUAAUAUUUGAAAAUUGUAUAGUCAUUCCAACAACAUACAAUAAAAUUUUUAUCACAUUGGUAA